AUGGCCGUUAUCUCGCCCACCAUCCCCAACGACACCUACCUCACGGUGGUGCCGUUGGAGCAGAAUGGCAGGCAUGACCGGGGCGAGCGCAACGAGCGGCAGCCGUCACCCAGGACUCAGAGCCAGCGGGACAUUCGUCGGGCUACGGCCUCUGCACCCGCGAGGAACACGCUGGGGCGCACUGGAAGUGCCGCUGCAGGGGUCAGUGCUCGGAGCAGCCGCGGCCAGGCCUCAGGCGCGGGCCCUGCGCGGCAGGUAAGAAGCCCAGAGAAGGAGGCGCCACCUUUGAGCCGCAGCGGGUCCCCGGCCGCGCUCCGACCGGAGCGCGCCAGAGACGCCGCGCCGCCCGCGGCCGCGACCUCCGCGGCCUCCGCGGCCGCGGCGUCGGAGGCGGCGCCCGCGAAGGCGUCGGCGCCGGAGGAGCAUUGUGUGCACAUCUUGGCGGGGCACAACGGCUUUGUGCUGAGCCUUUGCACCGUGGGGGACGUGCUCUUUACAGGUUCUCAGGACUGCAAUAUUAUGAUCUGGGACCUGAACAACCUGCAGUACAUCGGCACACUGCCUGGCCACCGUGGCUUCGUGAAGUGCAUGGCGGCCACGCUGUCCAGGAAGAUACUUUGCUCCGGCUCGCAGGACAAGACCAUCAAGAUUUGGAGCUUAGAAACCUUCUCCUCCACCAAGACCCUCUACGGCCACACCAGCCGGGCGCAAAGGCAAUCCGUCGUGACUUGUUAG